ACAACCGUCGUCCUUGAAAAUCCGAGACCCCGCGGAGGAGAGCGAGAGACCCGAGCCCCGAUCUCUCCCCGAACCCCAUCCCCCCUGGGGAAGCCCCGCCGAGGACUUAAAUCCCCUCCCAAUCUCCCGGCUCCCUACUCGACGAACCCUAACCCUAACCCUAAUCCCUCGCCCUCGUCGCGCAUCGAUUUCGCUCUACUCAGCCUCCCCUCGCCCUUUUUCACCACUCCCCUCUCCUUGAAGAUCCAAGAAAUUGCAGCGAGUUCUACCAAUGCAGGGUCGGGAGGAGUCCAAUUCUAGGGUUUGAAGCAAUCUCGAGGACUCGAAGAUGUCGCGGCAGGCAGCCGCCUCUCAUUUCCACAAAUCGAAGACGCUUGAUAACAAAUAUAUGCUCGGAGAUGAGAUUGGGAAGGGAGCGUACGGGCGCGUGUAUAAAGGUUUGGACUUGGAGAAUGGAGACUUUGUGGCGAUUAAGCAGGUCUCGUUGGAGAAUAUCCCCCAAGAAGAUCUUAACAUCAUAAUGCAAGAAAUUGAUCUACUAAAGAAUCUUAACCACAAAAACAUUGUGAAGUAUCUUGGAUCUUUGAAGACAAAGACCCAUCUGCACAUCAUUCUUGAGUAUGUGGAAAAUGGCUCACUUGCUAACAUUAUCAAGCCCAACAAAUUCGGUCCAUUUCCUGAAUCAUUGGUAGCUGUUUACAUUGCUCAGGUUUUGGAAGGUUUGGUCUAUCUGCAUGAGCAAGGUGUAAUCCAUAGAGAUAUCAAGGGUGCAAAUAUUUUGACCACCAAGGAGGGUCUUGUUAAGCUUGCUGACUUUGGCGUUGCGACAAAAUUAACUGAAGCAGAUGUAAACACACAUUCAGUGGUUGGAACCCCAUAUUGGAUGGCCCCUGAGGUUAUUGAAAUGUCUGGGGUUUGUGCUGCAUCAGACAUCUGGAGUGUUGGCUGCACUGUCAUUGAGUUACUCACAUGUGUUCCUCCAUAUUAUGAUCUUCAACCUAUGCCUGCACUUUUUCGAAUUGUUCAGGAUGUACAUCCUCCAAUACCUGAAGGCCUGUCACCUGACAUUACUGACUUUCUCCGUCAAUGUUUUAAAAAGGAUGCAAUGCAAAGACCGGAUGCAAAGACAUUGUUGCAGCACCCAUGGAUCCAAAACUCAAGACGUGCUUUGCCAUCCUCUCUGCGACAAACAGGUGGAUCAAUUAGGAACAUUGAUGAAGAUGCUGCCAUGGCUGAUGACAACUUAAGCGGGGAUAACCAAACUGGCAAUGAAAGACCAUCCAUAGAGAAAAAAAAGAUAGAAGAGUCUGAAAAAGAGCUCUUGACUACUGAUUCUAUUGAAAGGAAUGGGACCGAUGAAGAUCUCAGUUUAAAGUGUAACCUUGCUCAGAAUACCUGUUCAGACGGUGCAGAAAAUAUAGUUGAUGAUAUGCUUUCUGCUAAAGAUCCUACUCUAGUUUUCCAUGAAAAGCCAUCAUUAGGAUCUUUUUCUGCCAGAGCAGCUUCUCCCAGUAACCCGGAUGAGUUAUUGCAUAAUAUGAUGGUCACAAAUGGGGCUCAAGACAUUCCAGAGUUGAGAAGAGAAAAUGCUGGAGAUGUAGAACAUGAAGGUGAAGGAGGCUCAAGACUUGAUGAAAGUAGUUUAUUUUCCUUUGGACCAGGAAUACAAAACGUUGGUUCUCAAAAGGUUGUAAAGCCAACAGUUCAUGGAAGUAAUGAGCUGAGUAGGUUUAGUGACACACCAGGAGAUGCUUCCUUGGAUGAUUUAUUUCAACCAUUGGAUAGACAGAGAGAUCAAGGUUCUGAAGCUUCAACAUCUGCUGCUGCCCAAGGAAAUGCAGUCAUGUAUGAUGGUGGGAAAAAUGAUUUAGCAAAAGAACUCAAAGCUAGGAUGGCUCAUAAGCAGAUGGAAAAUGAAACAGGACGGAGAAAUGGUGGAAAGCUUCUAGAAAUUGUGAUGGGUCUGGGGAAAGAUGUGAUCGAUAUUGAUGUCUUUGAUGAAAACUUGCCUGCAGACAACCUAUUUCCCCUACAGUCCGUGGAAUUUAGCAAAUUAGUUGGGCUGCUGAAACCAGAAGCACCUGAAGAUGUAAUUUUGUCAGCUUGUCAAAAGCUUAUGGUGUUCUUUGCUCAUCGUCCUGAACAGAAACAUGUUUACAUGUCGCAGCAUGGUUUUCUCCCACUUAUGGAACUUCUUGAAGUCCCUAAAAAUCGUCUUCAUCUGCAGGUCAUAUGCUCCGUGUUUCAAAUUAUCAAUCAUAUAAUCAAAGACAACAUUGGUUUCCAAGAAAAUGCUUGCCUUGUUGGACUUAUUCCAGUUGUAAUGAACUUUGCAGUGCCUGAUCGUCCUCGGGAAGUUCGUCUGCAAGCAGCUUUUUUUAUCCAACAGCUUUGUCAGUCCAGCACCAUUACAUUGCAGAUGUUCAUUGCAUGCCGAGGGAUACCUGUUUUGGUGGGCUUUCUUGAGGCUGACUAUGCAAAGUUCAGGGAAAUGGUACAUCUUGCUAUAGAUGGCAUGUGGCAAGUAUUUAAGUUGCAGCAUUCAACACCUAGAAAUGACUUUUGUCGUAUAGCUGCAAAGAAUGGUAUACUUCUUAGACUUGUAAAUACCCUUCACAGCUUGAAUGAGGCAACUCGACUAGCCUCAACAUCUGGUGGAGGCGUAUCUCUUCCACAGAAUGGUCCAGCUCCUAGACCAAGAUCGGGUUCGUUGGAUACAGCUUCGCACACGAGCCAGCUUGAUGCUUCUAGGAUUAGGCUGGACCAUCCUUUGUCAGCUGUAGCUUUAGAGCCAUUACAUGCUUCAGCUUCUCAUUCUCAGAGACCAGAUGCUGUCCAGUUAGACUCUAAGCAAUUUUCUGGAGAUGCGGAUAAGUCCCACACAAGCCACACUAUAAUGGAACCUUCAGCAUCUUCAAAGUUUCCUGAACUUCCAACAGAAAAUGUUGGCCAUCUGAUGAACAGAAAUUUGAAGGAGCAUGACCAUUUGGGCUUGUGGAAGCAUGAUACUUCUCGAGCGGAUAAUGACCUACAGAGGCAGCAAAGACUCUCUAAUUCUGCUGGUAGAAGUUCUACUGACAAGCCUCCAAAAUAUAUGGAACAUAUAUCAAACGGGCACCCUGGUUGUGCAAGUCAACCAGGAUCUCAACAUGAUCAGAUCAGGCCACUUCUAAGCCUGUUGGACAAGGAACCACCUUCUCGACAUGUCUCUGGCCAGCUUGAUUAUGUUCGCCACCUUUCUGGGUUGGAAAGACAUGAAAGUAUAUUGCCACUAUUACAUGCUUCAACUGAAAGGAAAACAAAUGGCGAACUUGAUCUUCUGAUGGCGGAAUUUGCAGAGGUAUCCAGACAUGGUCGAGAAAAUGGUAAUCCAGACUCAAAUAUGAAAUUUUUAAACAAAACGACGAGUAGAAAAUUUUUACCCCCAUCUGUGGAAGGACCUUCCACUUCUGGAGUCGCUUCCCAGACUGCGUCUGGUGUGUUAUCUGGAUCUGGUGUAUUGAAUGCAAGACCAGGAAGUACAACAUCAUCCGGAUUGCUUUCACAAAUGGUAUCUUCAAUGAGUGCUGAUGUGGCAAGGGAGUAUCUUGAAAAGGUGGCAGAUCUUUUGUUAGAGUUUGCACAAGCUGACACUAUUGUAAAAUCUUACAUGUGUAGCCAAAGCUUGCUCACUCGUCUUUUUCAGAUGUUCAAUAGGAUAGAACCUCCUAUCCUUCUUAAGAUACUGAAGUGUAUCAACCAUUUGUCAACCGACCCAAAUUGUUUAGAAAAUCUUCAGCGUGCUGAUGCAAUCAAACAUUUGAUUCCAAAUCUUGAACUCCGUGAAGGACCUCUUAUUGCUCAAAUACAUAAUGAAGUCCUCAAUGCCCUAUUCAAUCUUUGUAAGAUUAACAAAAGGAGGCAGGAACAAGCAGCUGAAAAUGGAAUUAUUCCUCAUUUGAUGAACUUCAUCAUGUCAGAUUCACCAUUGAAGCAGUAUGCAUUGCCUCUGCUGUGUGAUAUGGCCCAUGCAUCACGCAACUCAAGGGAGCAGCUAAGGGCUCAUGGAGGAUUGGAUGUGUACUUGAACUUACUGGAGGAUGAGGCUUGGGCAGGGACAGCACUGGAUUCUCUUGCAGUCUGCUUGGCACAUGAUAAUGACCACAGAAAAGUUGAACAAGCAUUGCUAAAGAAGGAAGCAAUUCUGAAAUUGGUGAAGUUUUUCCAGAAUUGUCCAGAACAAUAUUUUGUCCAUAUUUUGGAGCCUUUCUUGAAAAUAAUUACGAAAUCAUCGCGAAUAAAUACAUCUAUGGCCAUCAAUGGUCUGACUACAUUGCUUAUUGCAAGACUCGACCAUCAAGAUGCUAUUGCUCGUCUGAAUCUUUUAAAGCUAAUAAAGGCUGUGUAUGAGCACCAUCCUCGACCGAAACAGCUCAUAGUGGAAAAUGACCUCCCUCAAAAGCUCCAAAAUCUGAUCGAAGAACGUAGGGACGGACAGCGCUCCGGAGGUCAAGUCUUAGUCAAGCAAAUGGCCACUGCACUGUUGAAAGCGCUUCAUAUCAACACAGUUCUGUAAAUUCAGGUCAAUGCAUCUUCUCAUGUACAUUGAUUCCCAAAGAAAAUGUAAUUAUAAUUUUUGUUCUUUUUUUUGUUUGUUAUCUAUAUUCUGGUGGAGCAUGUUCUCUUCAUUUAUUUUUUCCGUUCACCUUUGUUUCAUUAGGUUGUUUGGUCACCGUAAUGGCUAUUAAUAUCCUUGAGUUUUGCUGAAGUUCAUUCACCAAAUGGUAGGAAUCAAGAUGGACGAACUUCUUAAAUGUUUUGAUAUUAAACAUGUUAAAGAUAAACUUAUUAAA